AUGGCGAAACCAUCUCUGUUCCCCAAACGUCGCGCCCUCCAACGACGUAAUACCUCCAAGCGCGAACCCAAGCUCGACAAGGUCUUUGACUGUCUCCUCUGCCAUCAUACCAAAUCCGUCAUCUGCAAACUUGACUUUGAUAGCAGAGCUGGCACCCUCAUCUGCACGAUUUGUCCAGCACGAUACUGUUGCCACAUCAACCACCUCAGCAAGGAAGUCGACGUCUACGGCGAGUGGGUGGAUCACAUCGAAACAUCCAAGCAGCCGACACUGCCAAAGCAACGCCAUCAAGCCACCGCCACCACUAUCGUCGCAUCUGUACCAGCAGCAGCUACCCAGGCACAGCCACAGGAACCAUGGGUCCGCACCAAGACCUCCAGUCUCUUGAAGGCUACCCCUCGAGCCCUGACUCAAGAUCGCCCCAGUCGUGAUCAGAGCUGUUCCCCAAUCCCGAGAGAUGAAGCCAUGGCCCAAGCCCUGGCUCCUGUCCAUAACCAUCCCAGCCGUGAACAGAGUCAUUCCCCGCUGCUUUCUCCGGGCCCUCAAGCUCAAAGUUCUGUUCAUACCCCGGUCCAAGUCCACGCCCCGGUCCGAGUCCAAGCCCAGCCCCAGCCCCAGUCCCAGGCUCUGACUUUGACUCAACCUCAAGUCAAGAAACUUGUCGCCGUCUGCGUGAGCCCUUACCAUGACCAGAACGAAGACAACGCGCCCCAGAUGUUCCAAGAAGGAGGCAUGGCCCCAGCGCUCGCUGCCCGUACCGCUACUGGUCAACCCUGGGUCCAAGGAAACAACCCUCAGCUUGGCUGCAGCGGCGACCAGCAAGACCAUGCUUUCAACAACCAGAUGCACGAUCACCAGCAGCAGCGGCAGGGCUAUGGCAACAAGAACGCCAGCAACCAGCGGGAUUUUGGCAAUAACAACCACAACUACCACCAUAACAAUGACCAGAGUUUUGGUAGCAACCAAGGCUAUGACUUCCAGAUUCAUGGCUACGGUUUCAUCAACCGCGGCGGUUUUCGUGGCACCCACCAGGGAUAUGGAAACAAGCACGGUUUUGCCGGCAAUCAAGGUUAUGGCAACAACUACCAGGGCUUUAACAACAACAACAACAACACCAACCAAGGUUACGGCGACAACCAGGGAAGCUACGGAGCUCAGUCAAACUACAACCACGCCAACCACAACGAUAUGUUCUCCUCCUCGUCGACCUCGUCGGGAUACUACAACAACAGCAACGGAGGUGGUGGACACUUUAACGAAUACGACGAAUCGCCCUACGACGACUUGACCGGAAGCAGUGGUCUCCAGUACAACACCACUGGCGGCUACUCUGACCACUAG